AUGUCAUUACAGAUACUGAGUUUCCUUUCAGCGAAGUUCCCCGAUAAAAGCCAUUUCCUUAUUGAAGAAGAUAAAAUUCAAUUGUAUUUAGAGAUUUUGAACUCAACAAACUACUACGCCAUCAAAUCCUGCAAGGACCUGGUCGCAACACUCUCUGAAUUACAUCCAAAACUUUUUUUACAAUUUUUUGAAUUUUUUAUUCCGAAAGAUACAGAAGAAGUUAUACCAUCAGACAUCAAAUACAUCAACAGUAUACUCGAGUUACUGCCGCAAGACGACGAAAACGUCAUGGAAGACCUUUGGACAUUUUUCAAGUCAAAAACAGGAACUGACAUCGAUUUAAGCAUCAACGAUGGAGUUAUUUAUAUACUUUCCCGUGCAAUACAGCUCAAUAUGCAGCCAAUUAUCCAAAGAUACUUGAAUGACCCUGAAUAUCACCAAAAAAACGUUUUGGCGUCACUUUUUUCCACAUUAGCCAUGCAUAUAUCUGUUGCAUAUUCUGUUCUUAACUCUCUUUUGUUUGUUUUACCCGAUGACUUUGAUUUUGAAAAUUUUAUUCCUUUUCCACGCGUGCAAGUCAACAUUUCGACUGCUAAAAGCGAUUUAUGUCGGGAUAUAUUGAUUUUCUUGAGUCAUCUCCUUGAAAGAGCUCCUUUUCUCGCUCAUACUUUUUUUAUCAAAGACGGAUUAGUCUUUAAUGUCAUUGAUUUCAUGUCGUAUGCACAGUUCAGCAUACAAGAAGCUGCUUGCGCGUUGAUGUCGAGGUUAAUUCAAGUUUCUGAUCCUUCAUUUUUCGAAAAUCUCGAUCAAAUGAAGAUAAUCAGCGAUUUGAUUAAUGUUUUGGAUGAAAACAGACAAGAUCUGACUGAAUUCAUACUUGUUUCUAUUUCUAUACUGUUUUUCAGGCUGCCAAUUGAGUUAUUAAGAGAAAAUUUGGAUGUUGACAUUCUUUUGUCACUUUAUGAUGCUGAUUUAUCAGAGAAAUCGUUAUUGAUACUUAAAGACAUCCUAACUGCGCUUAAUCCUUAA